AUGGAAAAAAAUAUAGAAUUAACAGGUAUAAAAAAAUAAAUUAAUGAGUUAUUUUUGGGUUAAGAAAAAGUCGAAAAACUUGAAAAUGCUCAAGAAUCUAAAUUUUAUUUCGAAAAAUAUAGAUGUCUUGAGCUUAUAAGAUUUAAUUUAAUGUUAAUUGCAUAAGGAGUAGCAGUGUUAUAAUAUGAACUUGAAUUUUCAGAUAAAGAUGAAGAGUUUUCGAAAUAAUUUUUAUAUAUAAUUUUUGUUACAUCAAUAUUAUUAAUAUUCAUGACUUAUUAUUCAUAUGUAGCUUUUACUUAAUAUAGAGUCUCCACAAAAGAAUAUGGAGAUAAUUGCAAUGUAAUAAAUACAGGAGAAUGGAAAUAUAUGAUAUUAGAGAUGGCUGGAUAUAUGAUUAUACCAUUACCUUGGUUUAUAGAUAAGAAAAUAUAUUUCAAUGUAGAUUUUUAUAAUGUAGAAUGUUUUCAUUAUUUAAAUGAAAUUAUGACUCUCGUAAUGCUUUUAAGAAUUAUUAUUAUGCUUAAAAUAAUUUUACAUACUACAGAAUGGAGUUCAGAUAGAGUAAAUAGAGUUUGUUAAAUGUAUGCUUGUAAAAUGGAUACAUUAUUUAUAAUGAAAGUUUUAACGAAAAAACAUCCUAUGAAAUGUUUUUGGUUUAUAUAUUUAAUAUCUCUUUUUGUAUUUAGUUAUGGUACAAGAAUUUGCGAAAGACCUAUAUAUAGAUUAAUUUCUGAUCCAAAUUUAAAUGGUGAUAUAAAGAAAAAUAUCGAAGAUGCUAAAAGUUUUAAUAAUUUUUCUGUUCCUAUGUGGUGUAUUUUAAUUACUAUUCCUUCCGUAGGAUAUGGAGAUGUAUUUCCAGUAACUUAUCAUGGCCGAUUUGUGGUUACUUUGGCUAUAUUUUCAGGUACUUUUAUGCUUUCUGUGUUAGUAAAUUCGCUUACUAAUGUGCUUUCUUUGUAAAAUUUAGAGUAAAAAUCGAUGAUUAUUUUGAGCAAACUAAACGCUAAGGAAUCUGUUAAAAAAAGCGCAAUUAAAUUUAUAUAAAUUCUUCUAAAAUUAAACCAUAAAUUAAGAUAUAAUAUCCCAUAGUAGAUAGACUCACAUAAGAUUCUAUAAAUAUAAAACGAAUUUAAAAAAAAUAGAAGACAUUAUAAAUCUAUUGCAGAUCUUUCUAAUACUAAAGAUUAAUUAUUAAAAUAAUGUGCCUUUAUGUAAGAUGAAUUUAAAAAAAAUAAUUUAUAUACUGAUAUUUAAUUGCUUUCUACAUAAUCAAUUCUUAAUUCAUUAUAAUAAAAAGAAAAUAUAGUAGACUCAAUAUAAUAUAUAAAUUUACCUAAUAUUCAUAAAGAUAAUCAUAAAAAAUCGGCAAACAAUGUAUAGUUUGAAUCUAAUUAAUUUCCAGUACUUUUCUAAGGAUUUAAUUUUAAUAAUAAUAUUAAUUAAAAAAGUUUGAAGAUAUAAAGAUGA